AUUUCAUGGGGUAUUACAAGUGACCCAAUUAAACAAUUGAAUGCUAACUAAAAGAUAACGACUUUAUUCUGAAACAUCGAGGAGACCAAGUGACUUUUUAAAUGAGAGUGUGCCCAAUGCCACCCCGAAAUGAAUGUGUUCCGAGCAUUUUGUGUGUCACUUGGCGGAUAAGCUGCACAGUGGUGGCCCAGCGGGUCUUCUACCCACUGGGUGGCUAUCACUAAUCCAAGAAAAGCAUUCCUAUAUAAGGUUUUACUCUGCCUUAAGCCAUUGAAUACCUUCGGUUUUUGUUGAACAACCAUGUUGGCCCUCCGCUUGUUUGUAUUGCUGCAGUGCAGCCUGUUGGUUCUGGCUGGCGUUUGUUUAAUACCACAGCCCGUUAAAAGGCAGCGAUCGCUUGAGGAUGUUAUAAAGAAUCCCUGGAAGCUAUCACCCCGCCUGGAUGGCCGCAUUGUGGGUGGUCACCGCAUCAACAUCACCGAUGCACCACAUCAGGUUUCUCUGCAGACCUCGUCCCAUAUCUGCGGAGGUUCUAUUAUAUCCGAAGAGUGGAUAUUGACUGCCGCCCAUUGCACAUAUGGUAAAACGGCAGAUCGCCUGAAAGUACGCCUCGGAACCAGCGAAUUCGCUCGCAGUGGCCAACUGCUGCGGGUGCAGAAGAUCGUCCAGCACUCCCAGUUCAACUACACCAAUGUGGAUUACGAUUUCUCGCUACUUCAGCUAGCUCAUCCCAUCAAGUUUGACGAGACCAAAAAGGCCGUCAAGCUGCCCGAGUCUCAGAUGAAAUUCAUGGACGGGGAAGCCUGCUUUGUGAGUGGUUGGGGAAACACGCAGAACCUGCUGGAGUCCCGCGAGUGGCUGCGUCAGGUGGAGGUGCCUCUGGUCAAUCAGGAGCUGUGCAGCGAGAAGUACAAGCAGUACGGCGGCGUCACCGAGCGAAUGAUCUGUGCUGGAUUUCUGGAAGGCGGAAAGGAUGCGUGCCAAGGGGAUUCCGGCGGUCCGAUGGUCAGUGAAUCGGGCGAGCUGGUGGGCGUGGUUAGCUGGGGCUACGGUUGCGCUAAGCCCGACUAUCCGGGUGUCUACUCAAGAGUGAGUUUCGCACGGGAUUGGAUCAAGGAGCACAGUGGUGUUUAGAUUCCUAUAUCCUGCACAUCAAACUUAGUUUGAAGUCAAUUUAUCCCUAUGCGAUUGCUUGAACUGGAUGUAUUUCAAAAACCCGCAAUAAAUAAAUUAUCGAACGAUGCCAACCAAUCUGCUUGAGCCAUUUCAUAAUGCGGCGCCUCGAUAGAAGGAUGCGCACACGUUGCCAGCACGCAGCCAGCAUUUCAAACACGCGACACUCCAGGAUAUCGCACACUUCGCCGGCGCAUGUCGCGUUGUUGGAAAUGAGUCUACUUGGCCACGUUAAGAAGAUGUGUCGGGCUGCACGAGUCCUUGGCCGUUUGUGAGGGGUGGAGUGGGCAUCGCAUCUAAUUGUUUUGCUUUUCAAUGGGAGGCUUAUCAGCCAACUGCCAUCGUGGCUGUGCACCGUUCAUGUGUUACAUGCGGCGUAUACGCAAUUACUUGCAUUACGUAUACGUAGGGACAAGUUAGUGUGCAUCAUGAACAAUCGGUUGGCGUGGCUUACUUUGCCGUUGAGCGGACUCCGCCAUUGUUGUGUUUGCUUGGUGAUAAAUUAGCUUACAGAAAUUAACAUCAGGCGUUGCAUAAUGCAGAUGUAUGUACUUGCAUAGCCUUGGCAUUGGCCAA